UGGUUGUUUUCAGGCAGCUUAACAGAAUGAAUAUUUCAUGCUGCACAGCUGUACUAUGGAAACACAUGUGGUAGGUGGGCGCAGAGAGUGUGUGGUGAUGUGAUCUACUGUGUGUUUGCCUAUAGUCUGUCAGUCGCGCUGUUUGCAGUGGCCAGCCAUCUGUGUAGCAUGAAACGAUGCAACACCACCUAAAACUCCGGAAUACCCUUUGUUAUCUACCUCUGAACACUACCCAGAAGAUCGUCUACCCUGACGGACGCUCAUACAGACCGAAAGGAGGGAGCCAAGACUGAGGGGUAGAUGUAUCACCCGGAGCGAGCGCAGUAUGAAGAAAGCAGGCAGGCCAGUGGGGAAUAAGGCAGCAAGUGGUGGAGGUAAAUGUGACUCUGUGACAACUGGAACCUCUGCUGGCAAAAGCGCUGUUAAGAGCCCUACCACAGCUCCGCUCUCCAAGGUCAAAAGCAAUGAUGAUCUUCUAGCUGCUAUGGCUGGGAGCAGUGCAGGGACAAACAGCAGUGUUGCCAAGGGCAAGAAAUCAACCUCUACUCACUCAACAUCCUGCGGAACAAACACUAAUAACCCUGACACAAAGACCAAGACCACCUCAGGCCCAUCUGGCAAACGGACUUCAUCCACGGCCUCCAAGGAGUCAAACUCCUCACGUGAUCGUUUGCGAAACUCCAGAAACUCCAGCAGUAAGAAGCAGUCAUCCACUGGUGCUUCUGAUCGAGCCCAGCCCAGGCAUUCCCGUGGACUGGCCCAAACCUCAGACUCAGAGAGCCGCAUGUGCAAAUCAAAGUCUGACGGACAGUUAAGUGAUAAAGUGGCCCUGGAGGCCAAAGUGAAAAAUCUGUUAGGUCUGGCCAAGAGCAAAGACGUGGAAAUCCUGCAGCUACGGGGUGAGCUGAGGGACAUGAGGGUUCAGCUGGGACUGCCUGAGGAAGAUGAGGAGGAUGAGAGGCCACCUGAGAGGGAGGCGGCUGCAGUGAUUACAGCUGCAGAUGUGGAGUCAACGUUGCUGCUCCUGCAGGAGCAGAACCAGGCCAUCCGUGGAGAGCUCAACCUGCUUAAGAAUGAAAACCGUAUGCUAAAGGACCGCCUCAAUGCUCUUGGCUUUUCCCUGGAGCAAAGACUGGAUGGGGCUGAGAAAACCUUUGGCUUUCCCUCCGCCAGUGCUGAACUUGCCUCCUCUGGAGGUGGUGGAGGUCAUGGAGACUGUGCUACUGCGGCCUCCUCUGUGGAGGGAUCCGCACCAGGCUCCAUGGAGGACCUCCUUACGGGAGGCCAGCGAAGUGGCUCAACGGACAACCUGGACAGCGAGUCCAGUGAGGUCUACCAAGCGGUGACCUCCAGUGACGACGCUUUGGACGCUCCCUCAGGCUGCGGCUCCUCGUCAUCCUCUGAGUCUGAAGGUGGCUCUCCGGCAUGUCGCAAUUCCUCUCGUAAGGGGAGCAGUGGAAACACCAGUGAGGUGUCAGUAGCGUGCCUUACAGAGCGCAUCCACCAGAUGGAGGAGAACCAACACAGCACGGCUGAGGAGCUCCAAGCGACUCUACAGGAACUGGCUGACCUGCAACAGAUCACGCAGGAGCUAAAUGGUGAAAAUGAACGCCUGGGAGAGGAAAAGGUCCUGCUUAUGGACUCCCUCUGCCAACAGAGUGACAAACUGGAGCACUGUGGCCGUCAGAUCGAGUACUUCCGCUCACUUCUGGAUGAGCACGGUGUGGCCUACUCGGUGGACGAAGACAUCAAGAGUGGCCGAUACCUGGAGCUGGAGCAACGCUACGUGGAUCUCGCGGAAAAUGCUCGCUUUGAGCGUGAGCAGCUGUUAGGUGUGCAGCAACAUCUGAGCAAUACUCUAAAGAUGGCUGAGCAGGAUAAUGCUGAGGCUCAGAGUGUGAUCACAGCACUGAAAGAACGCAACCAUCACAUGGAGCGACUUCUAGAGGUGGAAAGGCAAGAGCGGGCUGGCAUGGCGGCAGUUCUGGAGGAGUGUAAAGCUGCGGUCAACAAUGACCAGGCUGAGCUGAGCCGCUGUCGGGCGUUACUUGAGCAGGAGAGGCAAAAGGUUGCUGAGCUUUACUCCAUCCACAAUGCCGGAGAUAAGAGCGACAUCCACCAGCUCCUGGAGGGGGUUAGGUUGGACAAGGAAGAAGCUGAAGCCAAAGCCGCCAAACUACAGGACGAUUUGGGCCAUGCUCGCAAUGAGGUGGCAUGUCUGCAGGACACUCUCAACAAGCUGGAUGCCGAGUACAGGGACUUCCAGAGCGAGGUGCAGAAAGAGUUAGCCGAGCAGAAGAGGGCUCUAGAGAAGCAACGAGAGGACCUGCAGGAGAAAGAGACUGAGAUCGGAGACAUGAAGGAGACCAUCUUUGAGCUAGAGGAUGAAGUGGAGCAGCACCGAGCUGUCAAACUUCACGACAACCUCAUCAUCAGCGACCUAGAGAAUUCGAUGAAAAAGCUUCAGGAUCAGAAGCGUGACAUGGAGAGAGAGAUAAAGAUACUGCACCGCAAACUCAGGGAAGAGUCGGCAGAGUGGCGUCAGUUCCAGGCAGAUCUGCAGACUGCUGUGGUCAUUGCUAAUGACAUCAAGUCAGAAGCUCAAGAGGAGAUCGGUGACCUACGCCGCCGCCUGCAAGAAGCCCAAGAAAAGAACGAGAAGCUGAGCAAAGAACUAGAUGAAGUUAAAAACCGCAAGCAAGAUGAGGAGCGUGGACGUGUAUUUAACUACAUGAACGCUGUUGAGAGGGACCUGGCUGCGCUGAGGCAGGGCAUGGGACUGAGUCGACGCCCCUCUACAUCCUCCGAGCCGUCACCCACCGUUAAAACCCUUAUCAAAAGCUUUGACAGUGCUUCACAGGGUCCUGGAGCUAAUGCUACUGCAGUCGCUGCUGCAGCCGCAGCCGCCGCCGCUGCUGCAAGCACAACCACGAGCGCCCCCUUACCUCGCACACCUCUCAGUCCCAGCCCUAUGAAGACCCCGCCUGCUGCUGCUGUCUCACCCAUACAGAGACACUCCAUCACUGGCUCUAUGGCUGCUGCGAAGCCCCUCUCCUCCCUUACAGACAAAAGACCCAGUUACACAGACAUCAGUAUGCCAGCUGAGCAUCUACUAAGAGCAGCCAACGGCAGUCGUCCCGCUUCAGCUCUUCAGAGAGUCUCAAGCAUGGACACAUCAAAGACUAUCACAGUGUCUCGAAGAAGCAGCGAAGAGGCGAAGAGGGAUAUCAGUGCUCCUGAUGGAGGCCCAGCUUCCUCUCUGAUGGCCAUGGGUUCUGCUGCACCUCCUCUCUCCCUGUCGUCUUCCUCUUCCCCCACAGCCUCUGUCAACCCCACAGCACGCAGCCGCCUUCGAGAGGAGCGAAAAGACCCGCUGUCAGCUUUGGCUCGUGAAUAUGGUGGUUCUAAAAGAAAUGCACUGCUGAGGUGGUGUCAGAAGAAAUCCGAGGGUUAUCAGAAUAUCGACAUUACCAACUUUAGUAGCAGCUGGAAUGAUGGACUGGCCUUCUGCGCUGUCCUUCACACAUAUCUGCCUGCUCAUAUUCCCUAUCAAGAGCUCAACAGUCAAGACAAGAGACGAAAUUUCACCCUGGCCUUCCAAGCAGCAGAAAGUGUAGGAAUCAAGUCCACUCUGGACAUCAAUGACAUGGUCCAUACAGAAAGACCGGACUGGCAGAGUGUUAUGACUUACGUCACCUCUAUCUACAAGUAUUUUGAGACCUGAGCACAUGUACUUUUAUAGAUUGUACAAAUUUCCACCAACUAACCUGAGUGCAACUUCCCACCAUAUCAUCUAAGCCUAAUCCUAGCACAAAGUCAUAUUAAACCCAUCACAAGGACACUUCACUUAGCAUAUGCUGAUAUGACAUCGAUACAUCAAAGAAAAACCUCUACAGUGGAACCGAAUCAGUUUGCCUUCAACUCACUGUCGCGUGACUCUAACACUACAGACUACAUCUAGUUACUAAUUUGUGGUGUGGAUGAUUGAAAUCAGUCUUAAAGAACAGCGUGGACCCGCCUGCGACCCCGUGCCUUUUGCCACCCUGAGUGCUUACUUCCAGACAUACGUUUGGAGCAAGUUCUUCACCUUAAUUCACAGCCGUGGAACUUGUUUUAAAAGAACGAGAUGUGUGGAUUGCUCAAAGCAGUGCCUAAUUGAAACACUUCAUUGGAGUAGCACUUCAGUAGAGGAGAAUUGUACACUAAUAGGAGUUAUUCACUAUAGCACACAGUCAGUCACUUUUUUUUACAGGAUUGUUUUGAAAGCCCAUCGUGGGCACAUUAAUGUUACAACUGUGAUGGAUCUUGGCUUGAAAUACUACAUAUUAAAUAGGGAGGUCAGCAAUAAGCUUAUGUAACCCGUUGAGCCAUUUCAUAUGACAUUAGUGCUGCUCACCAACAGUAUGAUACUGUAGUAAACGCUAUAUUCAGAUUAGCAGCACAUGUGCAUGUACUGUCCGGUGUAUUAGUCUGAAAUAGUAUACCAAAAAUGAAGUCUGUCACAAUGUCUUUUUGUUUGCAAGCUAACUUUUUUAUGUACUAAUCAAAUGUUAUGUUCUUUCUCAGGAUAAGAAAGUCUUAUUGAUAUUUAUCAAGAUGAAUAAUCAUAUGCGAUUUCAUGCAGUGCUCUACCAAUACAAAAAUCAUUUUACGUGCACUAAUUCAAAAUGUAAAUGAAGCUACAUUCCAGUGCAUUAAUAUGGAAGAGUUUCAGUCUGAGUGAGAAAAAUCACAGUUGUCACAUAUAUCCUGUUUUCCAGCUGUGCUGAAUUCAGGCAUCGCUCUCUUUUCGUGAGUUUGAAAGACUUUGACGUUUCCCACCUGUCUGCAAAUAACACUUUAAAGGUAAUACAACACAUGAAAAUAAAAAACAGUAAUGAUAAAAUAGGAAUUUUUCAUGAGUCCAUUGAAAGAAUGUGAGGUAUGUCUCUUAUUUUCUAAACCCUUUUGAUUCCUUCAAUAGGGUAUGUAAUAUUUCCAUUCCUCAGGAAGUAUUUCACAGUGUUUGAAAUCAUUCCUAUUCAAAUUCCGGGGUUUGCAACUAAGCAGCCGUUUUUAGCUCUCGUACAUCUGAAAGACAAAUCUGCAGUUUCCCUGGUAAGCGUUUAAGAUUUAUUCUAAACUGCAUUACUGAGCUACUUUACCUUUGCACCAUGAUCACAUAAUAAUUAAAAGUAAGUGUCAGAUUAAUCUUUAUAUUUGUCCCAAAUAAAGCCUGACCAAAUGUUUUGUUCAUAAGCCGCAUAUCAGCUUAAUUUACUAAACCAGAGACAUGUUGAGUUGGACCUGCCUUCUGUAUAUGUCUGUUUAAUGUACUUCAUCCAGCGUUCAUCACAUUAAUAUGAAUGUAAUACAGAUCUGUUGCCUUUUAGAUUGUUAAUUUACACCAGUUUUCUGUUCUUGAAUGCUGAACUUUCCUUUGCUGCCAUUUGUUUAGGUUUUUAUCAUUGUGAGAGCAUUAUCUUAAUA